AAUUUGCCACGUCACGUGAGCAUCCGACGUGGCACCGUCAUUCCACUGAAAUUCAUACGCCCUUCUUUUAGGCACUUUCCGCUUAAACUCUCAUAAAAACUCGCUCUUGAGCGAUCGCAAGUCCUUGAAGAAUAGAAAUUUUGCAGAAAAACCUGAAAACAAAUUUAUUGAAGGAAUUAAUUUUAAUAGUUUUUUUUUAGCUUUUUUUAGGGGGAAAUGAAUGGGGAUAGGAAAGGAUUUGAAGAAGAUGUGAAAAUGGAGAAAUUGGUGUUCAUGUGGGGGUAUUUGCCGGGGGCAUUGCCUCAGAGGUUGCCACUACUGUCCCCAGUGGUGGUGCGGCUACCGCCGUCGAGUAGCGUCGGAACUUCCUGGAAGGAUGUCUGUGGUGGUGGUUGUGGUUUUGCCAUGGCCAUUUCAGACUCUGGAAAGCUGAUUACUUGGGGCUCAACAGAUGAUUUAGGUCAAAGCUUUGUGACAUCUGGGAAACAUGGGGAAAAACCAGAGCCUUUUCCACUUCCUACUGAGACCCCAAUAGUGAAAGCUGCUGCCUGUUGGGCGCACUGUGUUGCCAUAACGGAGAGUGGGGAAGUUUACACUUGGGGAUGGAAAGAGUGUGUUCCCUCUGGAAAGGUAUUUGGGAGCCCAUCAAUUGGGUUAAGCAUAGAGAAGGAUGUAUUUGAGAAACAGAGUUUAUUGACUGAGCAAGUGAGUCCUCGUUCCCAGGGAUCAAGAACCAGUGGUGGAACCCUCUUUGGUAGUGACAGUAGAGGCGGGGACAAGACUACAAAGCGGAGAAGGGGAUCACCAGCUAAGCACUCAGCUGAAAGCUCAUCAUCAGGUGAUGAAACUCUUUCAGCAUUGCCAUGUUUAGUAACAUUUAACCCAGGAGUAAGGAUUACCACUGUUGCUGCUGGUGGACGGCAUACACUUGCGUUGUCAGGUAAGUCAUUUUGUGACCUUGUUCUAUUGCAACAUACCACUUCAAGCUCUCAAAAGUUCAAAAGCAGGAUAUAUAUAUCUUAUCAUUUCUUGGAAGUUUCAGAUAUAGGACAGGUGUGGGGUUGGGGAUACGGAGGUGAAGGGCAGCUGGGAUUGGGUUCUCGAAUCCGAAUGGUGUCCUUUCCACAUCCUGUACCCUGCAUUGAUUCCUCUUUCACCAGGGAUCACUCUAUGAAACUUUCUCGUGGGAGCAGGGGUUCAGACGGUCAAGGUUUUAGAGUUCCUGGAAAUUAUAUUAAAGGAAUUGCAUGUGGUGGAAGACACAGUGCGGUAAUUACGGAUGCUGGAGCACUUUUAACCUUCGGCUGGGGAUCAUAUGGACAGUGUGGACAAGGAAGUAUAGAUGAUGAGCUAAGUCCUACUUGCGUAUCUGCCUUGCUUGGAAUUAGGAUAGAAGGUGUUGCUGCAGGGCUUUGGCAUACUGUCUGCAUUUCUGCUGAUGGCGACGUAUAUGCAUUUGGCGGGAAUCAGUUUGGUCAGUUAGGAACUGGUGCUGAUCAAGCCGAGACAUUUCCGCGACUCGUGGAUGCUCCGAGUUUGGAGAAUGUGAAUGCAAAGUUUGUAUCGUGUGGAGCCCGUCACAGUGCUGUAGUCACAGAUGACAAAAUAUUUUGCUGGGGAUGGAACAAGUAUGGUCAGCUUGGUUUGGGAGAUGUGAUUGAUCGCAAUAUUCCUACUCAAGUUCCAAUUGAUGGAUUCAUUCCAAGAAAAGUUGCAUGUGGCUGGUGGCACACUCUUCUGCUUGCUGAAUCACCCACUUGAAAGUCUUUUUUCCGAUGGCUUGGUCACAAUUUUGUUAGGUAGAAGUUUCCUAUCAAUGGUGUUAACAGGGUUCUAAGUUAUAUGUAUAUGUACAUACAGUAGCUUAGUAUCCACAUGUAAUCAUUCUUUAAUCUUAGAGGUCUUUGACGGAUCAUCUCUAUAAUCAUUGUGAUAGAUAGAAAAUGGUGUGCGGUGGUGAAGAUGAUGAAUCUCCAUUGUGUAUAUUGUAUAUUCUUAUUGUUGCAUGUUGUUAAGCUUUCUCAUGUAUGUAACUGAUACUCAUUAUGCAGUUGUUUAUAUAUGUGAUUUACUUGAUCAUGUUCAA